AAAUAUGUGAAAAAAGGAGUUUGCCUCUUGUCUCUUCUGUCUCGUGUAUGUUUAAAAAAUAGUUCUUCCAUUAUUCUUCUAUCUCAAAGAAUUUUUUUCAACCUCUUUCGUUUGAAGUGUGUCGCCUCGCCGCUACGCAAAGAGUGUAGUUUUGUUAAUAAUAAAAUUAUUAAAAAUGCAAUUUUAUUUGCACCUUGACAAAAAUGUGAAGUGAUUGAUUACACUAAUCUUUCUAAAAACAAAAGAAAACUUGUUCGUUGCAUGGCAGUAAGGAGCAGCACAAGACGAAAAAAAAUGUCUUCGCAUUAAUUGUGGUGAAAAAGGGAAAUGGUUUUAAGUGUCCGUCGAUUUGCGAAGGAAAGACAUCAUAGCACCAGCAGUAGCAGUACCCCCAUAGCAAAAAGAUAAAUCCUAAAAAAACCUACGAAAAAACUGAACACGAAGAUUUACACACGAAAGUAAAUCCAACGAACUUGGAAAUUAAUGUGUCUAAUUAAUUUCUCUUGUACAUGAAGUGGAAAUAUUUUAGAGCACAAUAUUGAAUUUAAAAUAGGCAAAUUUUAAUCUCAACUGCACUGUGCUUGGUCCGUUUUUUGAAGGAAUGUGAAAAAAUAAAUAAACACUUACAUAAAUAAUGAGCAAUGCCUUCUGCACGACCUGGUAGCCUUAAAGAUCCCGAAAUAGCUGAUCUAUUCUAUAAACAUGAUCCCGAAAAGAUAUUUGAAGAUCUCCGUGAAAUCGGCCAUGGGUCAUUUGGUGCAGUUUACUACGCCCGAUGUAAUCUCACCAAAGAAAUUGUGGCCAUUAAAAAGAUGUCAUAUACGGGCAAGCAAAGUUUGGAAAAAUGGCAAGACAUCUUAAAAGAAAUACGAUUCCUCGGCCAAUUGAGCCAUCCAAAUACCAUCGAAUACAAGGGUUGCUACCUACGCGAAUCCACAGCAUGGCUUGUAAUGGAGUACUGUGUGGGAUCAGCUUCAGAUAUAAUAGAAGUACAUAAAAAACCAUUGCACGAGGAAGAAAUUUCAGCAAUUUGUUGUGGUGUUCUGAGUGGCCUGAGUUAUUUGCAUAGUUUGGGACGUAUUCAUCGCGACAUCAAGGCGGGAAACAUUCUGCUCACUGACAAUGGUGUUGUAAAACUGGCUGAUUUUGGUAGCGCUGCUAUUAAAUGCCCUGCUAAUAGUUUUGUUGGUACCCCCUAUUGGAUGGCACCGGAGGUUAUACUGGCUAUGGACGAAGGACAAUACGAUGGAAAAGUUGACGUUUGGUCACUUGGUAUAACUUGUAUUGAACUGGCUGAAAGAAAACCGCCAUAUUUUAAUAUGAACGCAAUGUCAGCAUUGUAUCACAUUGCUCAAAAUGAAUCACCAACACUCUCGACUCCAAGUUGGUCGGACACUUUUUGUAAUUUUGUUGAAUUGUGUCUGAAAAAAUUACCAACGGAUCGACCGUCAUCGACAAAACUACUGACGCAUUCAUUUGUAACAAGACAACGUUCCGAAACGGCUCUCCUCGAAUUAAUUGCCAGGACAAAGGCAGCCGUACGAGAAUUAGACAAUUUAAAUUAUCGCAAAAUGAAGAAAAUCCUAAUGGUGGAUGUAGAGACUGAAAGUACAAUCGGUGAUACUGAUGAUCAACAAGACGAGCAUGCCGGAGGCGAUAGUAGUAAAAGUAAUAGUAUUACAUCGGAACAUUCUAUACAUUCGGUUGGUGUUUCAGCGGCCAGUAGUCAAGUAAGCUCUUCUUCAAACUCAAUACCAGCAGCAAAUCACGGUGCACCUCCUACACCAAACUACCACAAUCUACCGGUAGCAGGAGCCGUCUCAAGGAAUUCAUCAAGGCAUCGUAAUCUUCCACCAUUGCCAAAUAUGAUGCAUAUGAAUAACAACGUAACACCAACUAAUUCGACAUCGGUUGUGCCCGCACCUGUGAUGCAAAAUAAUAGUAAUGCUGGAGGAAGUGGGGUUGGUGGAGGAAGUGGCUCACCUGCAUCCUGUGGAAUGAUAAGUGGAGGUCAAGGCGAUCGUAUGAUGAUGCAGGCUCCUCGUUAUUUGCCUUCACCAGCAGCAGCUGCAGCUGUUUACGCUGCUGCUUCUUCACAACAAGCAAUAUCUAAUGCUGUAAACGAUCAUGGGCCGAACAAUUUUGCAACUAUACGAACUACGAGUAUUGUGACAAAACAACAGAAGGAACAUAUGCAGGAGGAGAUGCAUGAACAAAUGUCUGGUUAUAAACGAAUGCGUCGUGAACAUCAAGCAGCCCUUGUUAAGCUGGAAGAAAAAUGUAAAGUUGAAAUGGAAGCGCAUAAAGCGGCCCUUGAUAAGGAAUAUGACAUGUUGUUGCAUAAUUUCACACGAGAACUGGAAAGAUUAGAGGUAAAGCAUCAACAGGAAUUGGAGCGACGUAUUAAACAAAAUACUGUGGCCGAGAAAAAACUUCACAAAGACAUUUCCUCGAAGCAGGAGGGUGACCGAAAAGCAUUUGACUUGAAUCGAAAGAAAGAGUACAAAGCAAACAAAGAACGAUGGAAACGGGAGUUGUCAAUGGAUGAGUCGACACCAAAACGCCAACGUGAUUUGACUCUCCAAUCGCAAAAAGAUAACUUGAAACAAGCUGAAGCCCAAGAAGAACAGCGCCUUUUACGGGUACAGAAGCAGUAUAUAGACAUAGAGAUGAGGAAAUUCAAACGAAGGCGAAUGAUUAUGUUGCAUGAAUUGGAAUAUCAAUUGCUGCGAGAUGAACUGAGCAAAAAGCAAUUCCAGUUAGAACAAGCCCAUUCAAUGCUAUUGAAGCAUCACGAGAAAACUCAAGAACUAGAAUAUAGACAACAAAAGAGUGUACAUAACUUAAGAGAAGAUCAAAUAAACAAACAACAUGAUACGGAAUUACAAAAUCAAAAGGACUACAUGGAGAGAGUUCGAAAGGAAUUGGUGAGAAAACAUGCUCUCGAAAUAAGACAACAUCCAAAGAGUUUGAAGCAAAAAGAACUGCAAAUACGCAAACAGUUUCGUGAGACAUGCAAAACUCAAACAAAACAAUACAAACGAUAUAAGGCUCAAAUACUCCAAACUACGGCUAAAGAGCAUCAAAAAGAAGUGAUAAAGCAAUUGAAAGAAGAAAAACACCGAAAAUUAACAUUGUUAGGUGAUCAAUAUGAACAAAGCAUUGCUGACAUGUUUCAGAGUCAGAGCUAUAAACUUGACGAAAGCCAAGUAAUUGAAUGCCAACGAACAAAAGAAUUGUUGGAAUAUGAACUUGAAGUUCUAACCGCUUAUCAAAUUAAAAAUAAGAAACAAGCCCAGGAACAACGUGAUAGAGAGCGCAAGGAACUAGAAAAUCGCGUUAGCGUUCGUAGAGGUCUGCUAGAGAGCAAGAUGGAAGCUGAAUUACAGCAAUUUAAUCAAGAAAGAGCCGAAAGGCUUAGAAUGAAACACGAGAAACAAGCCAAGGAGCUGGAGUCGUUUGACGAAGAGUCAGCUGCAUUGGGUUUCAGUGCAUUAUCCAUAAACGAAGUAUCAAGGGAGACUUACCCAGACGAAGAAGGUAGUUUAUCAGGAUCAAUGAUUAGUUUAGCACAUAGUAAUAGCUCUACAAGUUUUCCGGCUGGAUCCCUAUAGCAUAUAAACGUAAAUAAUUGUAAUGCAAAUUAUAACACUAAUAAUUACCGCAUUUCUAGUGAUGGUAAAAACCAAUUAAAAGACGACAUUGAAGCAAAUCGAAUACAAAAGUCGCUUUCUUCAAUGUUAAAGUAAUAAAAUAAUAAAUCUAUUUAAUUUAAAAUUUAAGUAAAUUAAUUAAUUAAUAAAAAAAUUAACAUAAACUCAAAGGUAAAGAUUC